CAAAAUUCCACACGUCUAUUGAUGUCAUGUUUUGUGCCUUUGUGGAUUCUUGUCAUCAUCAAGUGUGGUGUCAGCGAUUUUAGUUUUUACUUUAUAGUAAAUAAUGUAAAUUAAAGUAUUAAUUCUAGCUAAAAAUGGGUGGACAAAAAUUUGAGUACGAUGAAAGUGGAUCGACAUUCUUUUAUUUUGUUUUAUCUUUUCUCGCUUUAAUACUUGUUCCGGCUACUUUUUAUUAUUGGCCAAGAAAAAGAAGAGAAGAUCCUAUUAAAUUAGCUGAACAAUGUCAAUGUCCACUAUGUACAAAGAAGAGAAUUAUUAUUGAACAGUCUCAGCCUUAUAAAAAACUCAAAAAUUUUCUUGUUAUGUUAGCAAUUAUAUCUGGAUGGGUGCUACUUGGCUUUCUAGCCAUGAAAGUCUCUCAGUUUGACUAUGAAAUGUCAAAUUUUGACCCAUAUGAUAUUUUGGGUCUACCACCAGGGGCCACACAAGCGGAAAUAAAAAGAUCAUAUCGUAAGCAAUCUCUUAUUCUUCAUCCUGAUAAAGAAACAGGAGAUGAAAAAGCUUUUAUGAGAUUAACAAAGGCAUAUCAAGCAUUAACUGAUGAUGAAGCAAGACGAAAUUGGGAGAAAUAUGGAAAUCCUGAUGGCCCUGGUGCAAUGAGCUUUGGAAUUGCCUUGCCAAGUUGGAUUGUUGAGAAAGAAAAUAGUGUUUGGGUGCUAGGUCUUUAUGCUCUUGUAUUCAUGGUUGCUCUUCCAACAGCAGUUGGAACAUGGUGGUACCGCUCCAUUCGUUAUUCAGGGGAACAAGUACUGUUGGACACAACUCAAAUGUAUUUCUACUUUUGUCAUAAAACUCCUUCGAUGCCUUUAAAGCGUGCCCUGAUGAUUCUAGCUGCAUCCUGUGAGUUUGAUAAAAGGCAUAACUCUGAAGUAAUUGAAAGGAUAACUGAUAAUGAAGAAGUUCCCAUGCUGUUGCGCGAUCUACCGAAUCUUGGUGAAAAAAAUAAGGAGCAGCCGCUAUGUCGGCCGUACAGUAUUAAGGCAAGAGCUCUGUUACAUGCCCACUUAUCACGAAUGAAGCUGCCAGAGGACACGUUAGAAGUAGAUCGGCGGUAUAUCGUUUCUAAAUGUCCCGAUUUGAUUGUUGAGAUGGUGAACUGCAUAAAUCAAUUGAUUGCAUUAGCGUACGCUCGCAGAAUACCUAGGUUGCCCACAAUUGAAACAAUAGAAAAUUGUAUGAAGAUGUCUCCAAUGAUAGUACAAGGCCUUUGGGAAUACAAAUCACCUCUGCUCCAGUUACCAUACAUUACCGAAGAUCAUUUGAAAUAUUUUCUCAAUAAAAAGAAACAUAUAAAGUCAUUGCUACAACUAGCACAGCUACCGGGUGAGGAGAGACGGCAAAUGAUGAGAUUUUUAAAUGAUAAGCAAUAUGAAGAUGUAAUGAAGGUUUUGGGGAAUAUGCCUUAUAUAAAUUUCCAGGUUAAUACAGAAGUUAUUGACGAUGAGAAUUCAACGGUAGUUACGGCGGGGGCAAUAGUAACAGUCACAGUAUUACUUCAAAGAACAAAUCUAAAGGAGUUACUGGGCGAUACAAGUAUUAAGGAAAAGCAAAUUAUCAAGGAUGACGACGAGGCAGCUGGCGACAACGCCGACAAGGAAAACGACAAGAAUGAGAAGAAUGACAAGAAGGAGACUGCUAAGCGACCAGUGUGGAUGAAGCAGGUUAAGAAACAUCCAGCCAAGAAGAGUAAAAAACCGGCCGCGAAGCAACCGGUCAAACCGGCCGCGCCUGCAACGCCGCCACCGCCCAGCGCCGAAGCGAAAAAAGAAAAAAAAGAACCAAAGAAAAAAGAUGAUGAAGCGGAGGAAUCGGAAGCGGGUAGCUCGGAUGAGUCGGGGACUCACAGCGACGCGUCGGACGACGAGUCGCGCGACAAUGUGUCCGCCGUCGACGACGACGACGACCAGUGGGAGAAACUGCAGAAACGGCUUCAGAAACGGGAGAGGCUCGAGGGACGGUCGAAGAGCUCGCAUCCUGUACAUUGUCCGUACUACCCCUUGGAAAAACAAGAGUUUUGGUGGUGCUACAUCUGCGAUCGCAAGUCACACACGCUGCUCACGGCGCCCGCACAUGUGACCGCGUUAGUGGACUCGCACGAGCUACAGCUGCGGUUCACGGCGCCGCGCUGGCCCGGUCUCUACACGCUCGCUUGCUGUCUGCGUUCAGAUUCGUACAUCGGUAUGGACCAGCAACAGGACGUGAAGUUGGAUGUCAAGGAGGCCGCAGCGGUGCCGUCUGAACAUCCGCAGUGGUGGGACCUUAGUGAUUCGGAGGCGGAAAAUAAUGAUCAGGGAGGAAACGAAAGUGAAUUCACUACCGACGAUGAGGUUGAGGAAGAAUAAUUUAUAUGCUAAGUUAUUUUUAUAGAGUUUUUAUUGAGGUGUGUAUAUCAAAUGUCUUUGUAUGGUUUGAGAGCGAAUGAAAUAUAGUAAUUUUAUAUUCCAA